AUGGGAGAUCCAAAUCGCCCCAUGAAAAAGAACACUACCCAAGUCCCUCCCACACACCUUUCUGCAUCACACCUCACGACGCCUAUUAUUCCGACGGCUUUUCCAGUCUCGAGUUUUAUUUCGAACUUUCCAUCUGGUGCCGGUGCUGGUGUCGGUGUCGGUUCUGGGCAUUCGCAUAGCUUCUCUGCUCCGGGUGCCAAUUUAUCCCACUCUCUAUCUUUCCCUGAUUUGGCCACCAUCGGAUCGGCUUCUAGAAGAAGGCAUACACAGCAAGUUGAUAUCACUUCACACGAACAGUUUCCAACUCUUGCUGCUGGUAUUCAAGUCAAGCAGUCUAAGAGGAAGCAUCCUAAAAAGAAGGAGUUUGACGAAGAUAAAGUUGGCGAAGGUAGUAACAGUAGUGCUGUUAUUGCUGAGGUCAAGAGAGUUGAAACAGAAAAGGUUGGAGUUCGAGGAGGAGGAGGAGAAUUAGUAGUACCAGUUCCCCACUCCACUCAGCAGCAGACACCGCCAUCAUCGCCGCGAUAUCAACCAACCAAUCCAGCUUCUCAAGCAAGUCCAUCGACACCGACUCUUCCACUAUUUCCAACUGGCAGUCCAGUUGAUCAAGGCCAAUAUCAACUUGGCCCACCUACUUCGACUUCGACUUCGCUACAGUUUGAAACAUCAAGUCCAUCCUUCCAGGCCGGUCAGGUUGGUCAGCCACAAGCAGGUCCAUCAUCCCAAACACGGCCAUCCUCUCAACCUGGGCCAUCAACAUUCAUCCCCUCUCCACUUCAAGCAACAUCUCCAUCGUUGCAAAACCCAUUCCAAUCAUCCCCAUCAAACCAUACAGCCUCCCCGUUUCAUUCAUACUCUCAAUCGCCUGCACCAAUGGCAGAUAAUCCUUCUCCACGUCCGGCUCGUUGGGCCAUGAGCCCCCAGGAGGUUGACCAAUGUAUCUUCAACAUCAUGAACAACUUGAACCCCCUCUACUUAACCGAUGUUUUUACCCAAGCAGCUCUCAAUGCUGGUCUUCCAGAUCCAAAUGCCAUGUUGCGUACCAGCCUUACAGCUAGAAGGGCCGGUGUCCCAGACCCAAAUGCCCAGUAUUGGACUCAGGGCCAUACACCUGCCCAAGCCCUCUAUUCUGGCCCAGCUGGUUAUUGGGAAGACCUUGAUCCACCUACUGAACCCAUUUUCUUGACUGAAAGGCAACAAAUGAGGUUGGGCUUUGCUAUCCAUAAACUGGGAUCUCGUGGUUUGAAAUCGGUCAUUGAAUUCACACGAUAUGUCUGCUUGCGCAAUUUGAUGGCAGCUUGGGAAGAACCCGACGUCGAUAAAAUCUGGCACAAGUAUAAGAUGAAAGGGGCAGAUUUGUUCGGAGGGAUCCCAUACUCUUUAAACCGAAAGGUUCAGGUCUUGAUGACCCAUAUCGAAAGGGCCGAAGAAUAUUGCACUAUUCAAUUGCAAAACCUGCAACAGAAGAACGAGGCUGAAAUGACCAAAAAGACGGCUACGUUAAAGGUUGAUCAAGAAAGCACCGACGAGAGACAAGGAAACUGGAAAGGCAAAGAGAAAGCCUUUCCAUCGCAUGAGAAUAGCCCCCCCGGAAACGCCCUAUUUACGGGCGUCCAAGCCCACGAGUCUGGUGAAGCUCAAGGCAAAGGCAAAGGGAGAUGGGCAGAUAAGAGAUCACCCGGGAAGGGUAACAAUGGUUCGACUUUCAUCAAUGGCCAAGAGUCCACUUGGAAAAAAUUAGCUAACUCUCAACUAGACCUGCGCUUCAAGUCGUUCGUCACUAUUUUACAACUUGCGAGAAUCUGGAACGAAGCGGAUUACGGUUGGUUUGUCGACACUCUCCAGGACUUUGGAUUCCCCAAGAUGAUGCGUGCUCGCUAUGAGCUACUUGAAAGUGACAUGCAAAGUAGCCUUGUCGCGAAGUGGCCCCCCGGAGAAGAUUCUGCUCCCGUUCAGGACUUGAGGAGCGGAAAUAUAGGCGGUGGGGGAGGUGCCGGGGGAUCCAGUCGCUAUUUCUAA